GGCCGGCCUACUCUCCAGGAGCGAGGCGGAAGUGCCGGGCACGCGGAGGGGCGGAGGCGGGAGAGGCGAGGACGCAAUGAGUGGGCUCGGCAGACUCUUCGGGAGGGGGAAGAAGGAAAAGGGGCCAACCCCUGAAGAAGCAAUACAGAAACUGAAGGAGACUGAGAAGAUACUGAUCAAAAAACAGGAGUUUCUGGAACAGAAGAUUCAGCAGGAGCUACAAACAGCCAAGAAGCAUGGGACCAAGAACAAAAGAGCUGCCCUGCAGGCUUUGCGGAGAAAGAAAAGAUUGGAACAGCAGUUGGCACAAACCGAUGGAACAUUAUCCACCCUGGAGUUUCAGCGUGAAGCGAUUGAGAAUGCCACCACCAAUGCAGAAGUGCUUCGUACUAUGGAGGUUGCUGCUCAAGGCAUGAAAAAAGCCUACCAGGACAUGGACAUUGACAAGGUGGAUGAAUUGAUGGCUGAUAUCACAGAACAACAGGAACUGGCCCAGCAGAUCUCAGAUGCCAUUUCUCGGCCUGUGGGCUUUGGAGAUGAUGUGGAUGAGGAUGAAUUAUUGGAAGAGCUAGAGGAACUAGAGCAGGAGAAAUUGGCCCAGGGGUUGUUAAAUGUGGGCAAUGAGGAAGAAGAACCCCCAGUCAAAUUGCCUAGUGUACCUUCUACACAUCUGCCUGCAGGGCCAGCUCCCAAAGAGGAUGAAGAUGAAGAAUUAAAACAGUUGGCUGAGUGGGUAUCCUGAGUCUGGGUUUGUCCUCCUCCUGCUGCCUUCAUUGGUCCCUUUUCCUUAAGUGCCAAAUGCCAAGCUAAAGAAGCACAGCUUUUUUGGGAGGUCUUGCUGAUGUGGUAGUAUGCCUGUAUGAGAAAGGGACCUGUUGCCCUUCCAUCCCUGGCUGAACGCUGAAGGAUCUUGCUGCAGGGACCCCUGGGCUCCAUUCUCUUUGAUAGCAGUUACAGUGCCCUUGAUAUCAAUAAAAUUGGGUAGAUGGAU